CUCCCUCCGUCCCUCCGCCGGCCAUGGUCCUGGGCGCCCUGAAGACCGCGGCGCUGCGCUCCGGGCGGCGGGGCUGCCUGGCGCUGCUGGCCGGCGCGUAUCGAGGCUGGCCGGCCGGCCUGACGCCGCCCUUCCGUUGCAGGCUGUUGCUGGGGACGCUCUACCCGGCCUACGCCUCCUACAAGGCCGUGAGGAACAAGGACGUCCGGGAGUACGUGCGGUGGAUGAUGUACUGGAUCGUCUUUGCGCUCUUCAUGGCCACCGAGACCAUCACAGAUAUCUUCGUUUCCUGGUUUCCCUUCUACUAUGAGAUCAAAAUGGCCUUUGUGGUGUGGCUCCUGUCUCCUUACACAAGGGGGGCCAGCCUGUUGUACCGCAAGUUCGUGCACCCCACAUUGUGCAGCAAAGAAAAGGAGAUUGACCACUUCAUCCUCCAGGCUAAAGAGCGUGGCUACGAGACUCUCUUGAGUUUUGGGAAGAAGAGCAUCAGCGUGGCAGCCACAGCAGCUGUCCAGGUGGCCGCAAAAAGCCAGGGUGCCCUGGCAGGACGUUUACGCAGCUUCAGCAUGCAGGACUUGCGUUCCAUCCCAGAAACAGCCACAAUUCAUUAUUCAGAUCCCCUCUAUCUGGAGGAACAGGAGCUGUGCCGGCGACCGAUCGGGGGCAGGCUAACGGUGCAGCAGCCAGGCUCCAAUAGCCAUGAGGACUGCUGGUCAGACUCAGAACUGUCUGCCACUCCGAGAGGCUGCUGUGAGGACCUUGCUCUGCCUGAGCCACUGGGGAGGAGCCAGAGCCUGCGCCGGGUGACCAAGAAGCCACCAGCCAAAGAGGGUUCUACUCGGGCGGUGCGAAGUCGUUUCCAGAAGAAGGUGCCAGAGCAAGACAGCCAGGCCUCCCGGGGAGAGGCAAGGCGGGCAAACCCCUGAGCUGGGGGUGAGGCUUCAGGGCCCUAUUGCCUCUUCUGUUUUUUCCACAGCCAAAUCGACCCAACUUACUGUUCAGUUUGGGCUGUGGAGAAGAGGGACCGGUGUCUCUAGCUGCCUUGGGGGCUGCAAUUGAGCAUCCGUGUCUUGUGCGGGUGAAUUCCAGGACGGGUCCCUCCACAUGCCGCCUCAGUGAAGUGACAGCCCUCUUCACUAUUGUUGGUGCUGCCUUUUGAUGUGUUCAGAGUCUCCAAUGUAAGGGCAUGGUGCCUGACCUGAUGCAACAACGGUUUGCAUGGGACAUUAAGAGCCAGGAGCCAGGCAUCCGCUUAGCCCACUUUGCUCCAUCUCGGCCUGGAGUAUCGGUUCGGUGCUACUGGUUUUGGGUCCCUGCGAUAAAGCCAAAGCUGGGGAGCGCUACUGUGCCUCUUCCCCAAGGGUUGUGUUCCGUGCAGGAGCUUUCUCCUAUUUUCCACUCCCUCUUCUGCUGGUGAAGAUGCUGACUCGGGCUUGCUGGUACGCCAAGAGCCUUUGUAAUUUUAGCCUUUGAAUAAAUACGUUUGUC